UGACGCUUGGCAUAGCAUAGAUUCUUGAAUACAAAUUGUGAAUUACGAAUUAGUUACGUAUAUCAGAUAGUAUUUUGUAUAUGAUUCUUGAAUGAUAACAGUCUCUUUAAAAACAAUAUUAACGGCUUCUCUGAACGUUCCUUGUUUGUGUAUUUUCAGUAAAACUGAAAAUCUUUGCGUGUGGUCAUGUCAUAAUUUUACAAUUAAUAUCAGAAGUUGUUUCACGGGUUGUGUAAAUAUUAGUGAACAAUAAUGUCUACAAGAAGUGGCCGGGUAAGACAGAGUCUUAUUGAGACCAGCCCGCCGCGCACUCGUAAAGGAGUAUCACCGACGCGGUCUCCCGCCAGAAAACGAAAAAGUUCACCAACCGUUCGUUUGACUCAAAAAUCACCCUCCCGCAAGUCCCCAAGUCGAAAGUCUUCCUCUAAAUAUCCAGCUCGCAAAUCACCUUCGAGAGUUGUGAAGGAAGCUAAAGAAGAAAAAGAAGCGUCGGUGCCUAAAUCUCCUGCCAAACGACCUGGCAUUAAGAAAGAUGUCGAAGUUAAAUUAGAAAACUUGUCUUCCAAAAUAGAAAUCUUAAAAAGCACGCGAUCGAGGCGUUUUGAAUACUCAAUCAAAGAUAUCCCUGCAACGAUACCGAAAAUAGAGUCAUCGGUUCGUGAUGAAAAAACGAAUGGACUUGAGAGUAUACAUUCAGUGAGUGAUAUUUACAGUCUGAGAAAUAGAAAAAGUUUUGACGAUAAUCUCCCACGCAGAUCUAGCCGGUUGAGGGAUAUUGUUGAUAGUGUACCUGAUAUGAGACAAAGCUUCAGUAAGUCACUAAGUAAAUCAAUAAGUAAGUCAAUCAGUAAGUCUAUAGAUACAUAUUCUGAUGAUGAAAAUACUGAUGAUAUCUUACUCAGAGAAAAAUCUCAAUCUGUGUCGAGAAAGCUUGCAACUCCAUUGCGCAGCAGUGUGACACUGUCUCAAAUAAGUAAUCGUUAUGAAUUUGGUGGUAGGAUAGGUGCAGCAGCCUUAUCUUUAUUAAUACCAUUGACAGUUUUCUACAUCUUAAUAUCAUGCUCAAAAUCUUGCUCCUCCGUAUCACUUCUGGAGCUAUUUAAAUUUACAUCAGUAUUUAACUGGUUCAAUACUCAAGUAUCUUUUUUUGUUAUCAGUAAUAUUGUUUUGCAAGCCAUCUUUCUGUCUAUACCAAUAUUUGGGACUAAAGAAGUUGAUGAACAGGGAAAAAAGUAUUGUUUCAAUGCAUUUUUUUCAUGUUUUUGUACUUUAAAUAUAUUAUUUGCUUUGGACUACUACAAAUAUUUCAUUAUUGAUUCACUUCUAAUGUCCUAUUUAAAAAUGGCCACAACGUCUUAUCUGAUUGCAUUGUUUCUGGUAAUAAUAUUACACCUAAAGAGUUUGAAAGUUGAUGAUAGAGACUUAAAUCCAUAUGCUACAUCUGGACAAGUUUUAUAUGAUGGCUUCAUGGGCCGACAGAUACAUUGCUAUUUCAUGAAGGUUAAUGUGAAACUGUGGUUAUCAAGAAUAUCCAACAUUAGUACUCUAAUUUUGGCAAUAUUAAUCUUCAGACAUGGCUUUUCUAUCCAACUGACAGAAAUUGAUAGCAUAUCAUGGGAUACAUUUAUGGAGAUUCUAGACAAAGUACAAGUUAAGCCAACUUUAUUGGUGUUUAGCACCAUGCAAAUUGUUUAUGCGCUAUACUUUAUACUGGGAGAGAAAAAAAUCAUAACAACAUUUUAUUGGCAAUCGGAGGGUUUGGGGUAUCUUCAAAUUGUUUCAAGUGCUCUAUACCCUUUCUAUUUUACAACAAUAUCAAAAUAUGUCGCAAAUAUUGAUUUACAACUAUCAAGUAAUAUACUAAUAGCUGCUUCUAUGCUGUACUUACUGGGCUUAAUUAUAAUGCUUAUCAGUAACAAUAUUAAACAUGAAUUCAGGAUAAAUCCACUGCAGCCUAGCUUGACACACUUAGACUCGAUGCCCACUUUUCAUGGAAAGAAACUUCUGGUGUCCAACCUUUGGGGUAUUUUACGCCAUCCUAAUUAUACAGGCGAUAUUAUGAUUCACGUAGCGCUUGCCUUGCCAGGUAUCCUCACACGCAAUGUCAUAGCCACCGUACCAGCUUUAGCAACCAUAAUUGUAUUCUUACAUCGAGCGUGGCGGGACCAUAACAGAUGUCGUCGACGAUACGGGGCCGCAUGGCAAAGGUAUUGUAAGAGAGUGCCAUCUGUUGUUAUACCUAAAAUAUUAUAAUCUCUCUGGCUAGUAAAUAGCCUAUUCAGGACUAGAGUGAAUAGUAACUUAUGACUGCAUGCAAAAUUCACAAUAAAUGUCUUAAAAUUUAUCAAUUUUAAAGUGCUUUUCAAUUUGACAUUUUUAGUAAUAAUUUUAGUUU